AUGAACGGCUUAUCAUCGAUGGACGGAGCAGUUGUGGAAUGUGGAAUAGGUAGAAUGAUACCGAAUCUUUUAAUUUAUCUACCAUUAAUAACGGAUUCAGCAUCAACGAAAUCGACGACGGCGGCAAAGCGAUCGGUACCGACGGAUGCCCCCAUGUUGAAUUACAUAUUUGAUGCACACAGCACGUUGAACAAACAUCAGCAUUAUCACGAUCAUCGGUGGGGUCCUCAUUUCGAAGGGGAGAGCAAGAAUAUGACUAUUCAAGCUGGUGGUAGUGCUUUGCUGGAUUGCAGGAUAUCAAUGUUACAAGAUAAAACUGUAUCCUGGGUGCGAAGGCAAGACAACGGCGAGAAGGUGAAUUUGCUGACGGUGGGUCCAACCACAUACGUAGGGGAUCCUAGGUAUAAAGUGAAAUUUCAGUACCCAGACAACUGGCGUCUUCAGAUCGAGCCAGUAAACAGUAGCGAUGAGGGCCAGUAUCAGUGUCAAGUCAGCACUCAUCCGCCCAAAUACAUCCACGUGAACCUCCACAUAAACGAACCGUCCGUCCAAAUAGUGGACGCCCUGGGUGAACCACUGAGGGACAAAUACUACGAAGCAGACAGCACUAUCGAGUUAUUGUGUGUGGUGCGUGACAUAGCCAUGCAAGUGCAGUACAGCGUCGUCCAGUGGCUUCAUGGCAACAGAGUUCUGAACUAUGACACGACGAGGGGCGGUAUCAGCGUGAAAACGGACCUAAUGGAAGAGGGGGCCAAUUCGACUCUCAGCAUAGCGAGGGUGGGACCAGCUGACAGCGGAAACUACACGUGCCAUCUCACUACCAUGCCCGAUCAACCUGCCACUGUUCACGUGCAUGUGCUGAACGGAGAAAGCUUAGCCGAACUGCAUCACGGAUCGGCAGAUGGCAUCUGGACGAGCAGCAUCAGCAGAUCUCUGCUUCUUCUUCUACCCGUUCUUGGUCGGAUGCAACAGAUGCUCAGAUGAAGGCCCGUUGUGUCCCGGAUAGUCGCGAAACGAGCACCGUGGCGCUACCGUCGCGACGUCGGACAUCGUCGUGACAUUGCAACACAAUACGGACUUUUAUAUUAUCGCUGUAAAAACGGACGUAACGGUGUGGACGCGUGAACACCGAAAAUAAAGCAUGCGAAUGAGCGAACGGAUGGAGCUGGAAGGAAGAAGACAGAAAGGAAAAACCGUGGGGUUGCAAGAGGGUGGGUCGCAGGGAAAAGGUUGGCAGCACUGAUCCUCCAUUGUUCUUGGUUGCUGAUUGAAAACUCUUUCUGCGUCGCGACACCGGGUGCCAUUUCAAUGGCGAUUCUUCGUAUCACUCAAUUUCGUCGACUUCGUUUUUCUUCCAAGAAAUUUUUAUUAUGUGAACGCGGGAAUUUCGAGCAAUAAAUAAAAUUCACUCCGCGUUUGUCCUUCUGUGUCACGAAUUUUAAAUUCGUUUCACCGAAGAAAAAUUUCGAGCAAUAAGUCUGUGUUUCGUUGUUGAGAAACUUCUUUGUUCGUUUUUUAUAGUCUCUGAGAAUUAGCAAUAAAUAAUUGUUAAGGAAGUUGGUACUAGAAAAUGUGUACUGAGUGCUUCGCAUAUGUUUCAUCCCAUUUCACCAUUUUUAAAAUUGAAAACUACUAAAAUUAUUUAAUUUAAAUUUUAUUUUUGAAAAGAAUGUUUCAUGCGUUAAAAUCAACAUACAUGAAAUGUAUGUCAAAUUAUUGAAGAUGCUAAAAAAUUGUA